AAAGUUCAAGAACCUCCAUUUUUUCCUCCAAGUUACAUUUUUUCUUGAUCACCCACAAAACCCUUUCUGGGUUUUUGCAUUUUUUUCAUUUCAAGAACACCAUUUUUCUCCGUUGUUUCAAUAAUGGAGUCAGAUAUGAAUAUACCCAGAGAAGAAGCAAUGUAUAUAUCAAGAAUAUGUUGGUACAAGUUCAAGAAAGUGGCAAGACUUGCUCUGUACACACCGUUUGUUGUUUGUUUAGCUUCCGGGACUCUAAAAAAUGAUACAUUUCUGAGUUUCUUAGGUCAAGAUAAUUACUACUACAAAGCAUUUGCUAAAGCAUAUGAAGCUGCAGAAAAGUAUACUGAUGAUGAUGAUGCAAAGUACGCCCUUCGUGACUUGCAGAGGAUUGCCACUAGAGAAUUCAAGGUUCAAGACUCGUUUCUUCAAGUGAGAUAUAAUGUUCUUUCUCUUGUUCACUGUUAG